AUGCCCCAUUUCCCCAUGGAUUCAGGAUUUGAGCCAACCGAGGAUGCAUCUACUGACGCGAAACAUCGCUCGAUCCAAAUCAAGAACCGUCGAAAGCGGUACCUGGACAUGCAUCCAGAAUACUACUCGGCGGAGCUCGAGCUAGCCGAUCCGUUACUGUACGAUCGUCUUAUUCGCCGAUUUCAGACACCACAAGAACGGGAAGCGCAGGGGCGCGAGAAAGGAUUCUCUGGUGUCCUGCAGGCGGAUCUGCUGCGCUCCGAGGCGAAGAUGGAUGCGCUGGCGCAUCCUGAUCCCCGUGCGAUGAUGAGCUACACCCGCGGACCUCAUGGCGAGAUUCUAGCUGAGGACCGGGACGACAUCCCUGCUAGCAAGGAGGAGGGUGAGAAACAGUGGCAGUGGGAGAUGGGCUUGCGCUUCAUCAGAGGUGAUGAUGAGGACUUUGAUUAUGUAACUGUCGAUGAGAAUGAGGAGUAUGAUGAUUUGUCUGAGCUGCAAGAUGAAUACUUUGAGGAUGAGGAGCCGAAGUGGGUGGUUGAUGAUUCUCAAGGCGAGAAUGCGGAGGCGCAGCUUCAGGGUGAGACUGGCAUUCAGGAUUUCUAA